AUGGCGGGUGGAAAGAAUGUCCUCAUCGUCGGUCCAGGCUUCAUUGGCUGGAAUGUGCUGGACCUCCUCCUGACAGAAGGUUACUCAGUAACCGGCUACGCGAGACGACAAGAACAUGCCAAACAACUCGAGGCUUCGGGGGCAUCAACAGUGCUCGGAGACCUCGAUGACACCCAGAAAAUCACCGACUUGACUCUCCAAUACGACAUCGUAAUCCAUACCGCCACAGCAGAUCACAAGCCCUCGGCAGAAGCCAUCGUCGCCGGCGUCGCCGAACGAGCCAAGCAAGGCAAGGAGACCAUCUACAUCCACACAAGCGGCACUAGCGUCCUCGACGACGGUGCCCAGGGACAGUUCCAGGGCGACAAGAUCUACCACGACGACAAGCGCGAGGAGAUUGACUCGGUGCCGGACGAUGCUCCCCACAGGCCCAUCGACCUAUCCAUCGUUCGAGCGCAGCAGGCCCUGGGCACGAAAGCCAAGAUAGCCAUCAUGGUCCCACCGCUGAUAUACGGCUUCAACCCCAAGCACAAGCGCCUGACGAUCCAGAUCCCCACCAUCACUCGUUUCGCGUUGAAGCACGGCUAUGCUCCGCACCUCGGCAAGGGCCUCUCAGUCGAGUCCCAGAUCCACGUCCUCGACCUCGCCCGCGCGUAUAUCGUGCUCUUGCACUGGAUCGAGCAGGCCGACCCGCAGGAAUUGCUCGACAACCCAUACUUCUUCUGCGAGAACGGCGUCGAGAAGUCGUGGUUGGAGGUGGCGACCGAGGUCGGCAAGGGCCUGUAUGCCGCGGGCAAGAUUCAGGAUCCGACGCCGAAGACCGUGCCGGAAGAUAAAUAUGAAGAUCUCUUUGGACCGUUCAGCAGUGCGGUCAUCGGCUUGAACUCGCGGAGCAGGGCGGUGCGGCUGCGGAAGCUUGGCUGGGAGCCGCGUGAGAAGGGCGUCUGGGAGAGCUAUCGCGAGGAUGAGCUGCCGGAGCUUCUGCGGGAGGAGGGGAAGGAGUUCCAUGGGUAUGCGGGCACCGCAGCUUCUUGA